AUGAAAAUUUCUAUAUUUAUUUUAUUACUAUUUAUUAGUAGUAUGGUAAUAAUAUCAGUUAAUGCGGAAACUGAAACCAUACAAACCAAUACAGCAUGUGAUUGUGAUGAUGAUUGUGAUGAUGGAAAUAGAUGGUCAACAGAUAUGUGUUCUGCAGGUUUACUUUUUGGAAAAUAUUGCACUCAUACUCAAAUUUGUUGUGAUGAUGAAAAUGCAUGCACAAUUGAUAGUUGUUCAAAAACUUCAGGUUGUGUUCAUACCCCAAUAAAUGUGGAUGAUAAAAAUCCAUGUACAAUUGAUUCAUGUAUCAAAGGUUUUAUUUCACAUACUCAAAUCUCUUGUGAUGAUAAGAAUGCUUGUACAAUCGAUAGUUGUGACUGUUCAUCAGGUUGUCAAAAUAAACCAAUGUCCUGUGAUGAUAAUAAUCCAUGUACCGUAGAUUCUUGCAAUAAUUCAACCGGUUGUCGUAAUACCCCAAUCAGUGUAGAUGAUAAUAAUCCAUGCACAAUAGAUUCAUGUUCAAAAUCAACUGGUGUAGUUCACAUUCCAAUCAAUGUCGACGAUCUUAACCCAUGUACAAUUGAUGCAUGUACCAAAGAAGGUGGUGUUACUCAUACUCCAGUCAAUGUUGAUGAUAAUAACAAAUGUACCACUGAUUCAUGUUCGCUAUUUACAGGUAUAACUCACACUGAAAUCUGUUGUGAUGAUAAUAAUGCCUGUACAGAUGAUUCCUGCUCACCAUCAACUGGUUGCGUAAAUACCCCAAUUUCUUGUGAUGACAAAAACCCAUGCACCGUAGACUCUUGCAACAAUUCAACUGGUUGCUGUUAUACCCCAAUCAAUGUUGAUGACAAUAAUCCAUGUACCAUCGAUGCCUGUACUAAAUCAACAGGUGUCACCCACACUCCAAUCAAUGUCGAUGAUAAUAACCAAUGUACAACUGAUUCAUGUACCAAAGAAGGUGGUGUAACUCAUACUCCAGUCAAUACUGAUGAUAACAAUCCAUGUACUGUUGACUCCUGCUCACCAUUUACAGGUGUUUCUCACACUCCAAUCAAUGUUGAUGAUAAUAACAAAUGUACAAUUGAUGCAUGUACCAAAGAAGGUGGUGUAACUCAUACUCCAGUCAACACUGAUGAUAACAAUGCCUGUACCCUUGAUUCUUGUUCACCAUUAACUGGUGUCACUCAUACCCCAAUAAACUGUGACGAUAAAAAGGCCUGUACUGUAGAUUCAUGUUCAAAUUCAACUGGUUGCGUAAAUACUCCAAUUUCCUGUGAUGAUAAUAAUCCAUGUACUGUUGAUACCUGUGAUGACUCAACCGGUUGUUGCAAUACUCCAAUCAAUGUUGAUGAUAAUAAUCCAUGUACCGUAGAUGCCUGUACCAAAUCAACAGGUGUCACUCAUACCCCAGUAAAUGUAGAUGAUAAUAACAAAUGUACAAUUGAUGCAUGUACCAAAGAAGGUGGUGUAACUCAUACUCCAGUCAAUACUGAUGAUAACAAUGCCUGUACUCUUGAUAACUGUUCACCAUUAACCGGUGUCACUCAUACCCCAAUAAAUUGUGAUGAUAAAAAGGCCUGUACUGUCGACUCAUGUUCAAACUCAACUGGUUGCGUAAAUACUCCAAUUUCCUGUGAUGAUAAUAAUCCAUGUACUGUUGAUUCUUGUGAUGACAUAACUGGUUGUUGCAAUACUCCAAUCAAUGUUGAUGAUAAUAAUCCAUGUACCGUCGAUGCCUGUACCAAAUCAACAGGUGUCACUCAUACCCCAGUAAAUGUAGAUGAUAAUAACAAAUGUACAAUUGAUGCAUGUACCAAAGAAGGUGGUGUAACUCAUACUCCAGUCAAUACUGAUGAUAACAAUGCCUGUACACUUGAUUCCUGUUCACCAUCAACUGGUGUUUCCCACACCCCAAUUAACUGUGAUGAUAGUAAUCCAUGUACCGUAGACUCAUGUUCAAAUUCAACCGGUUGUGUAAACACUCCAGUCAAUGUUGAUGAUAAUAAUCCAUGUACUGUAGAUGCUUGUACCAAAUCAACAGGUGUCACACAUACCCCAGUAAAUGUAGAUGAUAACAACAAAUGUACAAUUGAUGCAUGUACCAAAGAAGGUGGUGUAACUCAUACUCCAGUCAACACUGAUGAUAACAAUGCCUGUACAAUUGAUUCUUGUUCACCAUCAACCGGUAUUUCCCACACCCCAAUCAAUUGUGAUGAUAAAAAGGCCUGUACAGUUGAUUCAUGUUCAAAUUCAACUGGUUGUGUAAAUACUCCAAUUUCCUGUGACGAUAAUAAUCCAUGUACUGUUGAUUCUUGCGAUGACUUAACUGGUUGUUGCAAUACUCCAAUCAAUGUUGAUGAUAAUAAUCCAUGUACCAUCGAUGCCUGUACUAAAUCAACAGGUGUUACUCAUACCCCAGUCAAUGUAGAUGAUAAUAACAAAUGUACAAUUGAUACAUGUACCAAAGAAGGUGGUGUAACUCAUACUCCAGUCAAUACUGAUGAUAACAAUGCCUGUACCCUUGAUUCCUGCUCACCAUCAACUGGUGUUUCCCAUACCCCAAUAAACUGUGAUGAUAAUAAUAAAUGUACUGUAGAUUCAUGUUCAAACUCAACUGGUUGUGUAAAUACUCCAAUUAACUGUGACGAUAGUAAUCCAUGUACCGUAGACUCAUGCAAUAAUUCAACUGGUUGUGUAAACACUCCAGUCAAUGUUGAUGAUAAUAAUCCAUGUACCGUCGAUGCCUGUACCAAAUCAACAGGUGUUACUCAUACCCCAGUCAAUGUAGAUGAUAACAACAAAUGUACAAUUGAUGCAUGUACCAAAGAAGGUGGUGUAACUCAUACCCCAGUCAAUACUGAUGAUAACAAUGCCUGUACAAUUGAUGCAUGUACAAAAGAAGGUGGUGUAACUCAUACUCCAGUCAAUACUGAUGAUAACAAUGCUUGUACCCUUGACUCCUGUUCACCAUCAACUGGCGUUUCCCACACCCCAAUUAACUGUGAUGAUAGUAAUCCAUGUACCGUAGACUCAUGUUCAAAUUCAACCGGUUGUUGCAACACUCCAAUCAAUGUUGAUGAUAAUAAUCCAUGUACUGUAGAUUCAUGUACCAAACCAACAGGUGUCACUCAUACCCCAGUCAAUGUAGAUGAUAACAACAAAUGUACAAUUGAUGCAUGUACCAAAGAAGGUGGUGUAACUCAUACUCCAGUCAAUACUGAUGAUAACAAUGCAUGUACCCUUGAUUCCUGUUCACCAUCAACUGGUAUUUCCCACGCUCCAAUUAACUGUGAUGAUAGUAAUCCAUGUACCAUAGAUUCAUGCAAUAAUUCAACUGGUUGUUGCAACACUCCAAUCAAUGUUGAUGAUAAUAAUCCAUGUACCGUAGAUUCAUGUACUAAAUCAGGUGGUGUCACUCAUACUCCAGUCAAUGUCGAUGAUAAUAACAAAUGUACCACUGAUGCAUGUACUAAAGAAGGUGGUGUAACUCAUACUCCAAUCUCUUGUGAUGAUAAUAAUGCCUGUACAAUUGAUUCAUGUUCAAACUCAACUGGUUGUGUAAACACUCCAAUUAGCUGUGAUGAUAGAAACCCAUGUACUGUUGAUACAUGUACAAAAGAAAAAGGUUGUCAACAUUCCCCAAUCGAUACUGAUGAUAGUAAUAAAUGUACCAUUGAUGCUUGUUCUUCAACCACUGGUGUAACUCAUACUUCAAUUAACUGUGAUGAUAACAAUGCUUGUACAUUCGAUUCAUGUUCAAACUCAACUGGUUGUGUCAGUACUCCAAUUUCAUGUGAUGAUAAAAAUCCAUGUACCUUGGAUUCUUGUGACAAAAAGACAGGUUGUUGUAAUACUCCAAUUAAUGUUGAUGAUAAUGACAAAUGUACCACUGAUUCAUGUACCAAAGAAGGUGGUGUAACUCAUACUCCAAUCUCUUGUGACGAUAACAAUGCCUGUACAACUGAUUCAUGUUCAAAAUCAACUGGUUGUGUAAAUAAACCAAUUUCUUGUGAUGAUAGUAAUCCAUGUACCGUAGACUCAUGUUCAAAUUCAACCGGUUGUUGCAACACUCCAAUCAAUGUUGAUGAUAAUAAUCCAUGUACCACUGACUCAUGUACCAAAUCAGGUGGUGUAACUCAUACUCCAGUCAAUGUUGAUGAUAAUAACAAAUGUACCACAGAUUCAUGUACCAAAGAAGGUGGUAUAACUCAUACUCCAAUCUCUUGUGAUGAUAAUAAUCCAUGUACACUUGACUCAUGUUCACCAACAACUGGUUGUGUAAAUAAACCAAUGAAUGUUGAUGAUAAUGAUGCAUGUACAACCGAUACAUGUAAUAAAGAUGGUACCAUCACUCAUACACCAAUCAAUACAGAUGAUAAUAACAAAUGUACAUUAGAUGCUUGUUCACCAAAGACUGGUGUAACUCAUACACCAAUCAAUUGUGAUGAUGGAAACAAAUGUACAAUCAAUAGUUGUUCACCAUCAGUUGGUUGUAUCUCAACACCAGUUUCAUGUCCAAAACCAAAAGAUAAAUGUUCAAUCUCUCAAUGUGAUUCAGCCAAAGGUUGCAUCGAAGUCCCAAUGAAUUGUACCUCUGAUAAAUGUAAUGAAGCAUCAUGUUGUGAUGGUGUUUGUACCUCAAAACCAAUUAGCUGUCCAAAACCAAAGAAUAAGUGUCAAGUUGCAAAAUGUGAUUUAAUUAAAGGUUGUACCGUCUCAAAUGUAGUAUGUGAUGAUGGUAAUGCUUGUACCGAAGAUUCAUGUUGUUCAGACACUGGUAAAUGUCAAUUCGAACCAAUCAAACUUCCAAAGAAUAAAAACAAAUGUAUCAUUUCAAAAUGUGAUCCAAUUAAAGGUACAAUCACCAACAGUACCGUAAACUGUGAAUGUGAUGACCUUUGUAACAUUGGUGAAUGUUGUGAAGAUACAGGAAAAUGUAAUUACAGACAAAAAGAUUGUGAUGAUAAUAAUCCAAAAACAGCUGAUAGUUGCGAUUCCAAGACUGGUAAAUGUAUUAACAAACCAUAUAAUGUUAUCACAAGUGGUUCUAAUUUAAUCUCUGGUUUAAUUGGUGGUCUCAUUGGUGGUGGUACAGGAGGUAAAGGUGAUUGCAAAACUUGUAAAAAUUAA